GUGGGUGUUGUUCCCAUGCAGCGUCAGCAGAGAGCGGCAAGUGCUCCCUUCCUCUCUGCCUGCUUCAUGUGAGACUGGUCAUAGCGGGUGACAAAGGGACUGGCAAAACUGGUGCACUUUCUUUUGGGGAUCACUCACUUUCGAUGACAUGUCUCUGUACAGAAAUGCUGUCUGGUUUUUGAAUGGAAUCCACCAAUAUACAAGGAAGGGAUAUGAGGCAGCAUCAAAAGACUUUGAGCCCCAGGACCUGAACGUGUCCGUUGUAGGAAGGUCUUUUAUGAUCACCGGAGCCAACAGUGGAAUUGGCAGAGCGACGGCCAUGGCUAUAGCCAAGAAAGGUGGGACAGUCCACAUGGUGUGUAGGAAUAAAGAUAAAGCAGAAGAAGCCAGGACGGACAUAGUCAAUGAGUCUGGGAAUACAGAGGUACACGUCCAUGUUGUGGACAUGUCAGAGACACACAAAGUCUGGGAGUUUGCAGAGGCCUUCAAGAAGCAGUAUCCAUCCUUGAAUGUGUUGAUAAACAAUGCAGGGUGUAUGGUGCGCAAGAGAGAGCUGAAUGCUGAGGGCCUGGAGAAGAACUUUGCCACUAACGUGAUGGGGGUGUACAUCCUCACUCAAAGUCUCAUACCACUUCUGCAGAAGAGCAGGGACCCUAGGGUGAUCACUGUGUCCUCGGGGGGCAUGCUGGUCCAGAAACUCAGAGCAGAUGACUUGCAGUCAGUGAAGGGCUACUUUGAUGGUGUCAUGGUCUACGCCCAGAACAAGAGACAGCAGGUGGUGCUGACACAACAGUGGGCCAAAGCCAACCCAGUCAUUCACUUUUCUGUGAUGCAUCCAGGCUGGGUAGAUACACCAGCUGUUUCUACCUCAAUGCCUCAGUUCCAUCGGAUGAUGGGGGAGAGGCUGCGCGGUGUGGAGCAAGGAGCCGACACUGUCGUCUGGUUGGCUUUGUCUAGAGCUGCUCCCAGAACACGCAGUGGGCAGUUCUUUCAAGAUCGUAGACCUGUUCCUGCCCACCUGCCUCUGGCCUGGACUCACAGUUCUGCAGAAGAGAUUCAGAGUUUCAUGACUCAGCUGGAGACAAUGGCCAGAGUCAUUCAGUCACAACCUGAUACAGAGCUCAAUGGACACACGAGCUCUUCCAGACCUCAAUUUGUCUGAGUUAUGAUAUAAAUGUUAAACCAUAUGUCACUGACAUAUUAGAGCAUUAGUUGCAAUAAGAUACAUUUCUGAAACAAUUGGCACGUUUAGUCUUGUCUCUUAAUUUUACACCCAUUAAUUCAAAAGUAUGACACAUUUUCAGGAUGGUGCAUAACUCAGCAUCGCUUGACUUGUUAACUUGACUGUCUGCCUUUAUUCUAUUUCUUUGAUUUAAAGACAAAUCGAUUACUUUUAUUAAGUUGGAAUAAAUAUCUCAUUGGCAGUUACUGAAUGCAUGUAACAAUAAAACUGGGUUACCUGCUAGAUGUGAUUUUGAUUUUUGCAGUAAAUACUGGUGCUUUAAAUUGCCUCAUCAAGCUCGGGUUAUUGUUCAUUUCUUUGUGUACUAAAGAAGUCCUUUGGGAAACAAAGGUCAGUAAAUCUUUUGGACUCUUGGACAGAACAGGUGUCAUAGUGACUGCCAUGUGAAAAUCAGUGUGCGAGUCAAAUGUAGAAAGCAUUUC